AUGCUCUCAUACCGUGCAACCAAUGGCUACCAAACUGCCCGGUACAAUGGCGGACUGUGCUGGUCUUACUACUCAUUCUACCCGCAUCCACUCGAUCACUCAAAUGCGUAUACCAUCCACUCGUAUCGCGACAAAAACCUGCGUGACUUUUCUUCAUACGUUCGAAGGAAAAAUAAUUGGGUGGCCAAGAGUCGUGAUCGAAGAAAGUUCGUCAAGUGGCUCGAAAAGACCCGAUCAAAUGAUUACCGUCAGCAUUGCAGGUACCAUUUAGCCUGGACCCCUCGUGAUAUCGAGUUCGCGUGGAGGGAACUCGGAAAUUAUCGACAAUAUGUUGAGACAUUAAGGGAGUGGGGUUUUGCAAUAGAACCAGACAUAGAUGGUGUUUGGAGAGGAGACGACAUUAUUAGUCCGAAAAUCAAGGAAGAGCUGAUUGCAGCUGUUGCUACGCUUGAAGGCGUUCCAGGCCGUGGCGAAGCCUCAAUAUCAGAGGGAACUGGGCAGGUUACUGAUCUUGUCGACCCAUGCCAGUGGCCAGCAGUGUACGGUCAGGCUAUCGACCAGAGAACUGGAGAGCUACUCCAAAUACCUCAUAGUAUUUGGUUCUACGGCACCGAAUAUGAAAACAUGCAUGCGGAAGAUAGCUCUCGAAUAAUUUAUGAUGGGUAUUUCUCUAAAGGUUGCUUGUUAGCCUCGGAGUUCAUAAUCUCGGAAGCUGGAGAUGCAACAAAAAUCUUCUCGUACAUCAUCGGUCUAGAUUCUCCGGAUCAACAGAGGCGUUUCUAUCCCAUCCUAGAAAAUAUCUUUACCAAGUCUAUCGUUCUAUUCGAGCAUGUACUUGGAGAUUUGGCUUGCUCUAGGCCAGGCUCAACACGAGAUCAGGGAUGCAUUCACGACACUCGCCGAGAUCCUGACUCCGAAGUCAAACCACAAAAGGCGACAAUGGGCAUCCUUGUCAAAGAUUACCUCCGAAAGAAUCGCGAAAUAUUGGCACAAUUUCAAAAUGGUGGCUUGAUCACAGCUGACUACUUGGACGAUGCCCAACCACUAUGCUGGCGCCACCGCGGCUGCCAGAACCGCGGAAUAGACUGCGGAGGGAUCAGCCAUAAGAGCCAUGUUAUCCAGAUACAUGAAAGUGAGAUCCCACUGGAUCUCAAGCAUAUGUGGUUCCCUCCAAACUUUAGUGGGGGGCAUAACCUCAGGGGCCGCAACUUAAGAGUCUUUGUACACUUUAGGAACGUGGAAGUAACACCGGAGGACCCAGUCUUCAAGGGUACAGCCGAGUGGUUCAUUUUCGGCAAGCUGAACGAGAGCGUCGUUGCCGUUGUAACAUAUUGUUAUGCACAAGAAAACAUCACGGAGGUAAGAUUAAACUUUGUGACUGUCCAUAAGCGAGAAUUCAAUGCACUUUGUCGCUGCGGUCGUAGCGAUUUCGCUGUCGAUCAAUCCGAAAGUACUAUCAUCAAGGAAAACCGAGUAGUUGCUUUCCCAAACCUACUUCCACAUAAAUUAGAGCCAUUCGAAAUCAUUGACAAAACGAGGGGUGGGCACCUUAAAAUGCUGACGUUUUACCUUUGUGACCCUUCUCUGGCCCACGAAAUGCCUACUACUCGUAUCGUCGCUCCUCAAACACUUGAGACGCUAUCGACUCCUUCGGUACCACGUCAAAACGGUCCUCACUAA